ACACCACCGACCAGCUGCCACGCUGCAGCCCGUUGAGCAGCCCCUUCCGAAUAUGCGGAACAAGCAGAACAAAGUGGAAGAACUACGUUUCCCAUGAUCCACUUCGUUGGAGCGAUCGUAAACAGAAGAAAGCGGAAACAAAAGGGGUUUUAUCAAAACACAAACACAUCCCUGGCUGUUGAAGUACUCAGGGAAUAAACUACAACUACAACCUUGACUUCGCUUGCAAUAGUCUUGAAAUUCAAGUAAAGAGCUAGUCGAAGUGAGUUGAGGAACGAACUGCAUCAGUCAACAUGGCACUGAAAAGAAUACAGAAGGAGCUGCAGGACCUGCAGAGAGACCCUCCAGCACAGUGCUCUGCUGGUCCAGUGGGGGAUGACUUGUUUCAUUGGCAGGCGACCAUAAUGGGUCCGGGUGACAGUCCUUACCAGGGAGGAGUUUUCUUUCUCACAAUCCACUUCCCCACCGACUACCCAUUCAAGCCGCCAAAGGUAGCAUUUACAACAAAGAUUUAUCACCCAAAUAUAAACAGCAAUGGAAGUAUCUGUUUGGACAUUCUACGAUCACAGUGGUCUCCAGCGCUAACAGUGUCUAAAGUUUUAUUGUCCAUAUGUUCAUUGCUUUGUGAUCCAAACCCAGACGACCCCUUAGUUCCAGACAUAGCACACGUCUACAAGAACGACAAAGACAAAUACAACAGACUAGCAAAAGAAUGUACCCAAAAGUAUGCCAUGUAAAGAAAAAGAACAUCAACAAUUAAAAAAAACACGCUGCAAAUCUUUUUCUUUUUCCUUUCUUUUUUAAAGUCAUGACACACUGUAAGUUAUAGUAUGGAACCAUUAAGUAAUCUUAGGUAACGUCUGUCAAAAUGAACUGCCAUUAACAGUAUUAUUAACAAACCAUGACAUAUACAUUAUUUGCUUUUCAAAGUCAGGAGAGAGUUUUACUUUGAGCAGAUGACAGUUUGCCUGUGGUCAUUUAAUGGAUACUGUGACAUGUUAAAGUUAAGCAUGUUGUUUUUUGCAUCAAAGAAAUUCCAUUAAUGCACAAGUUUAUUACAAACUGCUUUACGGCAUUUUUUCUGAAAAACUGGUGGAUUGUACAUGAACCAAAUGCCAUUCAGCAGCAAGUCUUUAUUUAGAGGAGCUGAGUAAUAGUGCAGCAGGAGAGUAUACAUAUUAGACCCAAAGCUGCUCCAUAACUGGAAAAUCCCAUGUUCAGUCUCUGCUGCAUCCAUCAACAUGCUGGACCAUGGAUAUGUGGAAAGGUCAAUGCCAAACACGUAAGCCCCUAAUUCUGACAUGACAACAUCAUGAUGUCCCCUCUCACAUUACAACUUCAUCUCACCUUCACGCAGUGGAUGAUGGAGGGUUUUGUUGUGUUCUUUUGCAUCUUGUAGCAGACAAAACAAUGCACUGUUGCUGUGGCGCUGAAAAUGGGAGCAAUUACAAGUCAUGUUUUACUGUGUUCAUUUCUUCUUCUUAGUUGUUUUUAUUAAAAAUCCCCUGAACUACAAUAUUGUUUACACUGUUUCAUUUGAAAUAGAGUCUUCACAAUUUAAAUCUGUCAUUAAAACAAUGUUUUCUUUUCCCUUGGGAAUAGCUGUGACGUUGGCUUUUUGGUUGGAUUUACACAGGCACAAAGAUCACAUUUUUAAACCAAUCAAAUCUGAAUCUGAAGAUUGAAUAUUUUCUUUUGUUUCACCUCUUCUGUCUAUAUAUCUGUCUGUGAUAUAGAAAGGCUGGAAGGCCAAUUUUCUGUUCCUGUGUGAACAGUCUCUUGCUUGUGUCUUUGAGACCUGUGUGGCACCUUUUGUACUGAAUUAAAGCAUGGUAUGGUUUUUAUCAUGA